AACUCAAAGCAGAUCGCCCUGCGAUUUCGACCAGUAAAGCUUUCGUAGUCAUGGAGCCAGCGCUUAAACGAGAGCUGAAGGGCCUCAAGGGACGUAUCACCGGCAUUCACUUCAGUCCGGAUGACAAACAAAUGGCGGCCAGUUCAGCCGACCAUUCGGUCAUGAUGUGGCACCUCAGCGAGGAGAAGCGGGCACUACGAUUCACUGGUCACACGGGUGAAGUGUAUGGCGUCAGAUUUGCACCCUCGGGAAACCUCCUGGCAUCUGCAUCACGUGACUGCACUGUACGCCUCUGGUUCAUAAAUAGGAAGGACGAAAGUCAAGUGUUGCGGGCACACACUGCGGCCGUGCGUUCUCUGGACUUCUCUCCCGACGGCCAAUCACUGGCCACUGCCUCGGAUGACAUGACCGUCAAGGUGUGGUCGGUGCAGCGUCAGAACCUGCAACAAACUAUCACCGUGCACAGCAACUGGGUCCACUCUGUGAGGUACUCCCCAGAUGGCCGUCUUUUGGCAACAUGCAGUGAUGACAAGACCCUGUGCAUCUGGGACACAGUGUCCAAAACCAGCGCGCACUGUUUUGCAGACAACAAAAAGCAGCUGCGUUGUGCAGAGUUUCACCCAGAUGGUGUCACAGUGGCUGUCGCUGGAAGGGACAGCGCUGUUCGUGUGUAUGACGUACGCAACAAGCGCCUCUUGCAGGAGUACAACGCUCAUGAGGGCAUGGUGAACUCGAUGCACUUCCAUCCGUCGGGUGACUACCUGGUGACUGGUGCGAGCGACUCCCUCACCAGGGUCUUUGAUGUGCUCAAGGGCCGGCUGCUGUACACACUAGUCACACACAUGAAACCGGUGCAUGCUGUUUGCUUCUCACACAGCGGAAACCAUUUUGCCACAGGAGGGGACGAUUGCCAGGUGUUCCUGUGGAAGAGCUGUGAUACUGAAAUCGCAACGGCAGAGCAGUCCGGCAAUGCUGAUGCUGGCACACGGAGCUGCAGUAAUGGCGAACCGGCAACCACGACACCAUCCACCAAGCCGGUGGCUGUAGUGCACUCUGUGGCACAAGUUUCUUCUCUGAAUCAGGCCUCCAAUGACCAUACGCAACAAGUGACUCCUGCCAGUGGAUCCAACUUGGAAGCCAAGCUUGACCGAGCAAUCAGUCAAAUCAGCGCUCGAUUAGAUCAACUCAGCCAGAUCGUGUCCACUUUGAGCUCGAAAGUGUCGGCACUUGAGUCAGUUGUGAUGGAGCAACGAAGCACUGAGCCCAAGUCAUGUCAGCCAGAGCACAAUGGCACCACCUGUGACAAUUGAGAUCUGUCGUCCGUCCAUCAUCAUCCUCGUUUUAGUGGUUUUUUACAACAAGUUGUCUUGAUUAACCAGUGACUACAGUGUACUUCAGUUUUUAGCAGGCGACUGCAUAUCUUCCAGUUCGUCACCAGUGGCAUGUUGUCAGAAAAUACCAAGUGUUUUUAAUAAAUUUUUAUCAGAUUUUAAAAGUUAUUUUUGGGUGCUUUGUGUUCAUUUUACUUUUCAUAAAUGAUUUUCGGCUGUAGGCAACAAAGCGAACAUUUUU